UGACACUAUAAUUGUCUCUCUCUCUCUUUAAUAACACCACGGCUCUUUUUAACAUUUCCAAGUCACCACCGCGCACGUGACCCCUCGAUCACCGCUCACGUGACCCGUCUCUCGCUCUCUGUCUCUCUCUAUUUUCUCUCUCGCUUUCUUUUGGCUUUUCUCGCUCGCUCGCUCGGCCAUGAGCGAAGCUCAGAUCUGAAGAGAUUUCGGGUUUUUUUUUUUUUUUUUCCGGAUCUGAAUUUUGUGGUUUUUUAUUUUCUUCUUCCAUGGCGUCGAGGAACCGGACGGUGAUUUUCAGGAAGUACAGGGAUGCGUUGAAGACCGUUAGGGCUCCGACGAGUUCUUCGCCGGCGUCGAUGAGCUACGGCGGCGGUCGCGGUAAUGGUCCGGUGAUUGAAAUGGUCAACGCCUCGCUUCUUCAUCCUAAUCGGUCUUACACUCCUCUUAGCACUGAGGAUCCCGGUAAUUCAAGUAAGGGUGCACUUACUGUGGGUCUACCUCCAGCUUGGGUGGAUGUAUCUGAAGAAAUAUCAGCAAAUGUACAGCGUGCACGGACUAGAAUGGCUGAGUUAGCCAAGGCUCAUGGAAAGGCUUUAAUGCCUUCGUUUGGAGAUGGUAAAGAAGAUCAACAUUUGAUUGAGUCUCUUACGCAAGAGAUAACUGCUCUGAUAAAGAGAUCAGAGAAGAAACUACAGAGACUUUCUGCUGCUGGACCUUCUGAGGAUUCAAAUGUUAGAAAGAAUGUGCAGCGCUCUCUUGCCACUGACCUUCAGAACCUUUCAAUGGAGCUUCGCAAGAAACAGUCAACUUAUUUAAAGCGCCUCAGGCAGCAAAAAGAGGGUCAAGAUGGGGUUGAUUUAGAGAUGAAUCUAAAUGGAAGUAGAUCUAUAACGGAAGAUGAGGAUUUGGACAACAUUGUGUUUAGUGAACAUCAAAUGACCAAGCUCAAAAAAAGUGAGGCAUUCACUGCCGAAAGAGAAAGAGAGAUCCAACAGGUUGUGGAAUCUGUAAAUGAGCUUGCUCAGAUUAUGAAGGAUUUAUCAGUUCUAGUGAUAGACCAGGGCACCAUUGUUGAUCGAAUAGACCACAACAUUCAGACUGUUGCAACCACUGUGGAGGAGGGGCUAAAGCAGCUGCAGAAGGCAGACAGGACACAGAAACAAGGGGGAAUGGUGAUGUGCGCUACAGCUCUCAUAAUCAUGUGCUUUGUCAUGUUGGUUCUGCUAAUCCUAAAGGAGAUAUUCUUGUAAUCUUUGGGCACUUUUAUCUCCAGAUUUUGCUUACAUUCUUAUUGUUGUGACCCUCCCCUGAGACUUUUAACGCGCGAAGAAAGGGUGGUGUGCUGUGCGCACGAGAAGAUCAUGGGAGAUUCAAACAACCCCAAUAUACUUGAUAAAGAGACUGUAUCUAUUUGUUUCUUUUCAUUUUCCUGAUUUUUGGGGAGGGGAAAAGAAGGGAAAAGGGGUGGGAGGGUUCAUAGGGGACAUGCCCAGGAAAUGUAUAGAGCUGCUAUUGUAUUUUGUUCCAUUGGCAAGGGUAUUUUCAAUGGGACAUGUAAUUGAUUUUUCUGAUCUCCUGGGGGGUUGUGGCUUAGUUCCUCCUUGGAGUUCGACUUAGAGGGUGAUGAGGCUGUUUUAUUUGUUUCUAUUAAUUUUUUCUCAUGCAAUAAAGAUGAAUACAUCCAAAAAUUAAUGCAUCAGGUUUUGGUAUGAAA